AUGGCUCCUAUAAUUAUAUCAAUGACUAAGUAUGUUUUUACAGGAGCACAGUACAUUCCCAGGCAUGAAAUUCAGAAACUGGACAAAUGCUCUGCUACGCUUCUGAUGGGGUGCAGUAGUGGUUCAUUGACCAUACCUGGUCAGUAUGCACCGCAAGGCAUUCCCCUUUCGUAUCUGCUGGCUGGCUCUCCAGCAAUUGUUGGCAAUCUAUGGGAAGUGACAGACAAGGAUAUUGAUCGAUUUGGUAAGGCUAUGCUCGAUGCAUGGUUGAAAGAAAGAUCAGAUAUGCCAUCGGAAUGUUUUCAAUGCAACUUACUGUCUGAAGAAUUUGAGGCCAUGAACUUGAAGGGCUGCAAGGGUAGAGCAAAGAGGAAGGCUCCACGGAAGAAAAUACCAGAGUUAACCGAGAGCGAAUCACCUAAGAACUGUGGCCACAGACGCAAAAUUGGAGCUUUCAUGGGUCAGGCGCGGGAAGUUUGCACUCUACCUUUCUUGACAGGGGCAUCUCCAGUAUGUUACGGGGUUCCUACCGGAAUUUGGCGGAAAAGGAAUGUUGCCUAA